ACCGCUGCUGGAGUCGCAGCACGAGGCUGUAUGUUCUCAGUAGCAGGUGUGCAGCCAGGGCAGUUGUACGGUGCUGCUACUCCUUUUGACACAAGAGCAUAGGUCAUCUCCUGAGGCAGUUCAGCAUCUUGUUUUUGAAGGCUCGUGGUUUUCAUGAUGGCAGGGGACAAUACACCUGUUCCGCAAAUCACAGAGAUCAUUGGUUGGAAAGUUAACACAUGAAUUUAGGUUGGUUGCAGCAGAUAGAAGGUCCUGGAAGAUCCUGCUGUUUGGUGCUAUAAAUUUAAUAUGUAUUGGCUUCCUCCUAAUGUGGUGCAGCUCUACAAACAGCAUAGCUUUAACUGCUUACACAUAUUUGACAAUCUUUGAUCUUUUCAGUUUGGUAACAUGUCUAAUAAGCUACUGGGUGAUGAUGAAGAAACCUAGUCCAGUCUAUUCAUUUGGAUUUGAGAGAUUUGAAGUUCUAGCUGUUUUCGCUUCUACGGUUCUGGCACAGCUUGGUGCUCUUUUUAUACUAAAAGAAAGUGCAGAGCGGUUUCUGGAACAACCUGAAAUACACACGGGGCGGCUGCUGGUUGGUACUUUUGUGGCUCUCUUUUUCAACUUAUUCACAAUGCUUUCCAUUAGGAAUAAGCCUUUUGCUUAUGUCUCUGAAGCUGCUAGCACAAGUUGGCUUCAGGAGCAUGUUGCAGAUCUUAGCAGAAGCAUUUGUGGAAUCAUCCCAGGAUUGAGUAGUAUCUUUCUGCCACGAAUGAACCCUUUUAUCUUGAUUGAUAUUGCUGGAGCUCUAGCCCUCUGCAUUACAUAUAUGCUAAUUGAAAUUAACAAUUACUUUGCUGUAGACACAGCCUCUGCUAUAGCAAUUGCUUUGAUGACAUUUGGUACUAUGUAUCCCAUGAGUGUCUACAGUGGUAAAGUACUACUUCAGACAACUCCACCUCAUGUGAUUGGCCAAUUAGAUAAGCUUCUUAGAGAGGUUUCAACUUUGGAUGGUGUCUUAGAAGUUCGAAAUGAGCAUUUCUGGACAUUAGGUUUUGGCAGUUUGGCUGGAUCAGUACAUGUCCGAAUUCGGAGAGAUGCAAAUGAACAGAUGGUACUUGCUCAUGUCACUAAUAGAUUAUACACAUUGGUCUCUACCUUGACUGUUCAGAUUUUCAAAGAUGAUUGGAUCAGACCUACAUUAUCAUCUGUGCCUAUUGCAAACAAUAUGCUGAACCUUUCAGAUCAUCAUAUUAUUCCAAUGCCAUCUUUGAAAGCUGCCGAUAACUUGAACCCUGUCACAUCCACUCCAGCCAAGCCUAGCAGUCCACCACCAGAAUUUUCUUUUAAUACACCCGGAAAAAACGUGAACCCAGUUAUCCUUUUAAACACUCAGACAAGGCCCUAUGGAUUGGGCUUUAAUCAUGGAUCUGCACCUUACAGCAGUGUAUUCAAUCAAGGAUUUGGAAUACCGGGAAUGGGAGCAACUCAAGGAUUUAGAACUGGUUUUACAAAUGUCCCAGGCAGAUAUGGAACAAACACUUAUGGUCAACCCCGACCAUAAUAAAUACCAUUAUUUAUUGUA